AUGGCGACUACCGAUGUACCUCGUCGCAAUCUGUCGAUAAACCUUCGCCGAAGUCGCAAAGAUGCCGACCGCAACAACUCAGCCAGUUCGAUAGGCAGCGGUCCUGCCGACGACCAAGUCUCGGGUCUGAAGCCAUCCAUUGACAACGUCUUCGCCAAAGUCAAGGAGCGAAGAGCUCGCAAGUCGCAAGACCUCCGCCGGAACAGUGACGACUCGUCAAAAGGUUUGCGUGGCCUCUUGCCCUCGUCCAAGAGGUCGCGCCGCAAGAGCAGCACCCAAGACAGCGACCGCCUCUCGGCGUCCGGCGACUUGAUGGCAGACCGUCAACGGGGAGUCUCCCCCAACCCAAGCGAGCUUUCUCUGGGCAAUCAAGGCAGUGGACAUAGCAGUCUACUGACCGAGGAUGAGGAAGACCAAGCUCCCAUCAGACCAACCCUCUCUCCUCACCAGUCCCAUACCGGCUACUUGACUCUCUCCUCUCCCCUGAUCAACGCUACUGCUACCAGCAACCCCUUGCCCGAAGACAUUCCAAAUCUUGCAGAGAAUCUGGCUGCCCCAUCAUCUCUCGACAAAUCAAUUACCUCUCCUGAUCGCCAGAAGUCGCCUGUCGAUAGAUUCAAGGGCGCUUUCACCUUGCCCAAGAAGAAGCCUGCGCUUGAAGCAUCUACAGAAACACAUGAGGUCUCCCCAGAGCUCGAUCUUGAAUCCGAACACCCCGCUGUGGCCUCUCCACGCCCCUCCACCCCUCAAUCGCUACCGCAGAAACCCACAAUCAUCACAACCGUGCCUUCUACGCCUCCCAAUAUCGUUGAGCCUCCCACCACUUUCGUGACGCCUCCGACACCCACCGAACCUCAAACCCACUUCUCAAAUGCUUCUGCCCAGUCGCUCAGCUCUCCUGUCAAUUCUCCUCCGUCAUACGUAAGCGCUGCUGCUCAACGACGUAAAAGAACUGGAACCUUCACCUCGAGCAAGCUCUCCGCUGCUCCCUUGACUCCACACAUUGAAGAAGCAAAAACACCUGGUGGCACAAUCACUGCUCCAGUCACUUCAUCGGGAUUCUUCUCCUCUGUCUUCAACGCUGCCCAAAACGCCGCCAGCCAGCUCAGUACUAGUCUGAACACGUCUAUUGCUUCGAACCAAAAGAGCAAGCCUGCACAGUUGGAUCAGACAGAUACUGUCGGCGGCGAAGAAGUGUUUCCUGGUGUCGAAACUGUCGGUUCACCAGAACUUGAGCCAGGGGCUAAACGCCAACUAGCUGUUGAAACUCUUGGUAGGGGCGACCUUAGUUUAGACCAACUCGGCAUCAGUGCCGAAAGCUCAGACGUCAGUCCAAUGAAUUCCAACGUGGAUCUAUCGGGUGCGUCACCUGCUCUUUCGCAACCAACUAGCAAUGGCCAGAAGCAAGAAGAGAUGGCUGCACAACGCGCGGUUUCUACUGCUUAUGACAAACCUGUAGAGAAGACAGUGAGCCAGGCCACUGGCGGAAGACCUCUUUCUGUGGUCUCGGAUGAUGGUUCGGCUGCAGGCUUCCAAACACCCCCCAGAACCUCAGGCACCUUCGAUAGCGUCAAGCGUGCCAGUUCGGUCAGAAGUAAGCUCAGCGGUCGCAGAAGACAUCGUGGCAGCUCUGCCGCUACAGGUGGUACCCUUGCUGCUGCCGUCACUGCUAGCAGCGCUACCCUUAUUCCUGGCGCAAUCGGCCAAGGUCAUCGCACGACUGGUUUCGCUGUGGCCAGCAGCAAGCGCAACAAAGACUUCCAUCAGCUAUUCCGGAGCGUGCCAGAGGAUGACUACUUGAUCGAGGACUAUAGUGCAGCUUUACAGCGUGACAUUCUUCUUCAUGGCAGGCUUUACAUAUCGGAAGGCCACAUCUGUUUCUCUAGCAAUAUCCUCGGCUGGGUGACUAAUCUGGUCAUCAGCUUUGACGAAGUCGUCUCGGUCGAGAAGAAAAGCACCGCCGUGAUCUUUCCCAACGCAAUCGUCAUUCAGACUCUACAUGCUCGAAAUGUUUUUGCCAGUUUGGUGGCCAGAGACUCAACCUAUGAUCUCCUCAUUGGCAUCUGGAAAAUCAGUCAUCCCAACUUGAAGAGCUCUCUCCAUGGUGUCGCAAUAGAUGAUGCCAGCACUGGCGAUAAGACAGAACGUGCCGAAUCAGUAGCGUCCGAUGGGGACAGCUCAGAUGGUGCGACUGAAGACGACGUAUAUGAUGAGGAUGAAGACCAUGAUGACGGUAGCUACUUUGAACCCGGUGGCAGCGUCGCAGGCAGCGAGUUUGGUGAUCCUGCUGUCAGUCGGAAGACUUCUGCUGUUCCCGUCACGGCUGGUGUUCCAUCGGCCCACGGACCUACAAAGGGUGCUGAGGUUAUCGAGGCAGCUGCCCCUGGCGCCACUGCUGCUGCCGACUUCCCUGGGCCAGCCACACAUGCUCCCACUGAAUGUGGAGAUGAUGCCAAUCAUUACGACAAGCCAUUGGCCGACACCACGAUACCUGCUCCUCUGGGGAAGGUCUAUUCCUUGAUGUGGGGUCCAGCAUCAGGUACAUUCAUGAAGAAGUGGCUGGUCGACGACCAAAAAUCUCGCGAGCUUUCGUUCGAGAACGAAAAGGGUGGACUGGAUGAUACCCACCGCAGCUUCACGUACUCGUACAUCAAGCCUCUCAAUGCACCUGUCGGUCCCAAACAAACAAAAUGUAUUGUUACGGCCACUGUUGAGAACUUCGAUCUGGAGAAGUGCGUGAGCGUCAACUGCAGCACAGCAACGCCCGACGUACCUAGCGGCGGUAUCUUCACGACAAAAACCAGAUACUGCAUGAUGUGGGGACCGAAUAACACGACCAGACUCAUUGCCAAUUGCACAGUCGAGUGGACUGGCAAAAGUUGGUUAAAAGGACCUAUCGAGAAAGGUGCUAACGAUGGUCAAACACAAUACGUCAAAGAUCUGGUCGCUGCGCUUACCGCUGGUGUGGCCACGAAAGCUACAACAAAAGGUGCUCCACGCGGCAAAGGCAAAGGGAGACGAAGAGCAGAUACCGGCGCACCAGUCGAAACCGAGAGUGUCACAGUCGCCUCCAAGAAGGUACCGGAAGAAGCGAACUGGGGACUGUUUGAGCCUAUUCGUGGGCCACUGGAGCCUGUUGUCAGUAUUUUCCAACCUCUAUUCUCGACACAGAUCAUCAUUACGAUACUGGCUCUGCUGUUGGCUUGGACGUGGCUCUUUUCCUCUCGAUCACGCUCCUCAGGAGUCGGGUUUGCCAUCGACUCACCCGGGAGACUCGCUGCAUACGAAGAACUAUGGCGCAGAGAAGAAAGCGAACUGUGGGACUGGCUUGAGGAUCGUGUUGGCUUGAGCAAUGGCAUUCCUGUUGGCGGUGCCUCACAAGAAAGAAGCGACAGACAAAAGGUCCUGGGCACUAAACAAAUGGGUCGCAGACUUCGCAAUCAUGACUUGGAAGAAAGGCAAGUGGAAGAUGCGAUCAGAGUCACCGAGGAAAGGUUAUCAACGCUCAAAGCUGCCGUUCAAAAGAAGAAGAAGGACGCUGCUGCCGCGCAAAAAGGAGAAAAGAAGUAA